GAGAAGGGAUGAAGUAAUAUGUGAUGUAAAGAAAGACUAUAAGAUAAUGAUAUAAUCGUUGGAAAGGGAUGCAGGUGUUUAAUCGCGUAUAAUUUGUCCGAUAAAAGGGGAGAAAUAUAUAAAACACGAUAAAUGUGAUCCUGUAGGCGAACUGAAGGGGUUGAAAUCAAUCGAUGAACGGAAGUCACUUUAGACGGCAGUAUGUCUUCGAAAGGGGAAGACUAUCUCGACAACGAAUACUAUACUUACAAUCGAUGGUUAUUUCGAUUGAUAGGCUUUUGGGAAGAUAAGACAUCCUCGAAGAAAUUGAUUUACGUUUGUUUCCUCAAUUUUAUAAUAAUCAUUGCGGUGUUAGAACAGAUUUAUGUGAUUUUCUUGUUAAAAGGAGAAUUAAAUGCAAUUGCUAAAUUAUUGGAGACGACCUUGAUUACAUUGUGUUUCGGAUCAUGCUACUACAAUUUAUUAUCGAAUGGUGCUAUUAUGAAGAAAAUUCUUCGUCGUAUAGAUAGCGAUUGGAAGAAACUUGCAGACAAACAGGAAUUAUUAAUACUGAAAGAGUAUGCUAAUAUAAGCAGAAUGUGUACCAUUGGAAACAUAAUCUCCUUUUAUUUGUACAUUGGAUUUUUGAUAUUUCCAUCAUUUCAACGUUUCAUUCAGUACAUCUUUGGUGUAGUAAGCUACAAUGAAUUAAUUUUACCCGUUCGUUUUGAUCAUUUUAUGAAAAAUCGUGUAGGUUACUAUCUUGGUCUUUGCAUUCAGUACACAGUAAUAAUUAUUCUAUGCACGGUAGCGAUUGCGAACUAUACGAUGUUUAUUGCAGUAAUACUGCAUGCUUGCGCACUGUUUAAUGUCGUUGUGUGGAGAAUAAAUGGUAGAUUUAAAGAUAAUCGAAAUAAUUUUUAUGGCAAAAAUAAGAAUGAUAAAUUAUUAAAUGAGAAUGAAUGGAUCGUCGAUAUCGUAAAAUUCUACGAAUCGGUUAUAGAAUUUGUCGAUUUAAUAAAAUUGUUUUACGAGGCAACUAAUCUGUUCGAAGUGUCUUUCGCAUUGGUUAUCUUCAUGAUAGAUUAUUUUUAUUUAUUUCAGUUAUUUUCUGCUAACGUAAACAAGAACGAAGGUCUGACAAAGUUGUUAUAUAUUAUUGGAUCUAUGUCCGUAAUUUUUGCUUACUUUCAUCUUGGACAAAAAUUAAUAGAUCAGAGCAAUUACGUAUUUCUAACACUUUGUCAAAUUCCGUUUUAUUCGUUAUCAUUGAAGACACAAAAAUUAAUACUAUUUUUGAUAAUGAGGAGCACGAUGGUAUGCAAUUUAUCAUGGAAGGGUACAAUAGUAUUCUCUCACAAUCUAUUUACAGUGUUCAUCCAGAAGUCACUUUCUUUCGCUAUGGUAUUCUAUAAUUUGCAAUGAAUUUAUACGAAGAAAAUACCAUGCGAAAUGUGAUCAUUAUACAGUAUUAUAAGAAUACUGUAAUACUGUUAAGUUUGUUGUUUUCAAAUUACGUGAAU